CUUUACCGAGAUUACCGAGUAUUUCUUUACGUUUGAUACAGGAAAUCUCGAUUAUCGCGAAACUGCACAAUAAUUUACCACAGGGAUUCCCAUAAAAAUAGAACUCGUGGGUUUUCACACAUGAUACGACAUUGGCCUAAAUACUUUCUUCAAAAUGCAUAUGCGUAAAAAUAACCGUGGUAUAAGAGAUAUAAUCGUACGUGAACCAUAAUAAAAUCGUUAUUCCAAGUUUUUUGUUUCCAUUUUGAUAAAUUGAAGAUUUAAUCUUAUAGAAAAAAAUUAAAUCGUUGUUAAACAUAAGAACAAAUCUUCUGUAAAAACGUCAGUAUUUGUAUAGUCGAUAAAUUUUUUACAAGAUAUUAAAAUUAUAAUUAACUUAUUGAUACAAAAUAUUUGUAGGAAACACGAUCUUCGUAGUAUCUAUCCGUUGUAAAUAAUUAACGAAUAACAAAGAAAUAUUACGAAUCGAUGAUACAUUAACGGGCUAUAUCUCUCAUAAAUCAUAAAUUAAAAAAAAUCUCAUAAAUCGACAAGUAAUAAAGAAAUUAAUGAAUCAAUAAGGAGGUUAAUAAACUCAAAACUGAUAGCUAUAAAUAUAAUAAGAGAGAAUUAUCUUCUUUCAUUAAGUUAACAUUUCUUUUACGAUAAAUUAUUGAAACAUAACAAUGAAUAAAACAUUAUAUUUUAUAUUACAGUACAAAUGGAUGAACAAUGAAAUUAAUAAUACAAGCUUAUAGGGAAAUCUUUAUGUUUAUAUCAGUGAGCAGAUAUUGUGUGUGAUUCCCCGGAUACAUUUAUAAUCUAUGCACAUACUUGUCGAAUAUACAUUUUGAAAACAUUUCAACAUUUUUUCCGGAUCAAAAGAGCAUGGAAACGUGAAAGAAGUACAUACAGACAGGAGCGAGGAAAAGAGGUGUGAAAGGUGAGACGAAAACAAUAUAAGUGUGUGUGUGUCGUUCGUCUUCGCGGUGAGGCGAAUUUCAACGAGUUGAAAAUAAAGAAGAAGAGAAGAAGAAAAAGAAGAAUCGACAAAUGGAUGAAUCGACGAGUGGCGAUCACCGUGAGACGCAACACCGAUCGGUGGAAAUAAACACGGGCCAAAAACAAAGGGCCACGUGCUUGAAGAUGGCCAAUUACGCGACGUCGAACGAGGCGUGCAAUUUAUCAAGAAUACCGAAACGGAAAUUGUCCGUGUUUUAUCGAUCGUUCGACGUGAUCGCGCAGAUCGAUCAAGAGAAGGAAAAGGAGACGCUCGAUUUCAGGCGAACCUCGAGCAGCCCAUCCGUUCGAAUCGAUGGUAUUCAAGAGGAUAACGAUUCGAACGAUAACGAUGAAGCUGAUCAACAAACGAGUUUGCACAAAAGAGAAUUGGUAACUUAUCGUUCGUUGAUCGAGAGUGGCAAGUUUUUGAGCAGUUCAUCGCCGGAUCGUCUUAGCGAAAAGCCAUCCUCGAAUAACGGGCAAGCUUCGAAAGUUGGUUCGUUAUCUCCAAAGACGGUCGAGUUGUCUCAAGUUGGAGAGGAUACGAUCGUGGAUAAUUAUUCCACGAUUACCGAGACUUCGAUCGGGAAACAUUAUAAGUUGAAUAAUAAUGGGAAUUAUUCCGAGUUGAAAGUCGCAGAUGAAAAUGUCGCGAUUAAUUCCCACCAGAACGAUUCAUCAACCGAUCCGACCGACACCGUCCGAUCGUUCGCGGAGAAAAAAAUUGGAAACGGCGAGACGAACAACGCGACCAAUGGGACAAUCGAUUUCCAUCGUGGAAAUUCAAUGCAUGCCACACGUUCAAUUUCCUGUUCCCGUACCACCGAUCUGGUUAAGAUCAAAGAUUCGGAGUAUCCCCGCUCGUUUGUGAACGCAUCGAGUGCCGGUCGCCUCGGGAAAUAUACAUCAGUCGAUGCCGAAAUGUCGAGUCACGAGGAUAGCUCGAUUGGUUCCGAUAGCGAGGAUGAUUCGAUUGAACGGAGUAUGCACGCUGCGUUAUGUUCGAGGGACGAAGGGAAGAUCGAGAGGCGGCGAUCGAAAAGUGACAGUCCAUUGUCGCAACCCUUGUCAUUGUUUUGCUCGAUGACUGAAUCAUCGCGGAAACUUUCGAGGGAAAUUGACGAGCACGAGGAAAGCGAGGAUCCUGAGGAAUUUCGUUCGAAACGAGAGGAGCGACAAAGAUUUUUUGCCACGAGAAGGUCUUUAUCGGAAGGUGACUGCGAACGAUACCAUCGUGCAAAAUGCCGUUGCAAAUACAUGAAAGAGGAAGAAUCGUUCGAUGAAAGGGUACAAUUUCUAGCUUUUCCUAGUUUUAACGAUAUCAGGCUACAGAUCAUUGGAUUAUCGUGCUCGAAAGAUAUAGAUAACGUAUACAGAGAAAAUUUACCGGAGAAAGAGCUCGAGCGCAAAUAUAUUGCGUUUUCAAUAGGACUUGGUUCUGAUAGAAUUACCUUGCAUCGAAGAAUGGUCUUAUCGCUACGUCAACGAGAUCAAUCGGAACGAAAUUUUAUGAAUGAAAUACAAAGAAUGCAAGAAGAUAUAAAAGAUUUAUGUUCACUUUGCACGGAUCAAGAGUCAAUAGACAAAGUAGAAAAAGUUCGUCAUCGGUUAGACAUGAUAGCACGGUCGGCCCAUAGAAUUUCUUGCGCUGCUGAAACACUAGGAGCAGUAUACCAAGAACACAGACUUUCUAGAGCGAUUUUUAUAGGUGACAAGUAUCUGCAAUUAUUACGAUCCAGAUGCGAAAAUUUAGCAACAGAUAUUGAAGAAAUCAAACAAAUAUUAUUGAAGAAUAAUAUUAUGAUAGAAGAAACUUCUGGAGAGAUGGGAGACGAUUUACCUAAAAUUCGAUAUAGAAAUGGAUUACCUUGCAAUAAUCGAACAAUGAUGGCUAGAAGAAGAGCUAGCAUCGCUACAAUUACGCGACCUUUAAGUUCUCAAGAUGUUUUAAAGGAAGUUCCCAGACAACGGAACUCUGUUUCCGGAAGAGUUACUUUAAGACGUCCAUCAUUAUGCUUCGAAACACAAAAAUGGGAAAACGAAAAAUUAAAUCGAACGGACAGUGCAAAUAGUGUCAUUGAAUUACGUGACAUUUUUGAACAUACUGAGCUACGAAGAAAUUCAAUUGAAGAAAAUAAUAAUCUCUUAAGAAAUGACCAAAAUAAUAGCGUUUAUAGCGUAAAUUGUGACAUCACUAAUAAUGUAAAAGAUAGAGAUCGAUUAAUUACGAAACAAAAUUCUUUCUUGGAAUUAAAUGUGGCUAAAACUGUUGAAAAACAAUUAAAAUCAUGUAUACGAACACAUAAUGUUGAACCAUUACGAAUAACGAAAAAUAUCGAAACAUGGAGGCCCAUAUUAUGGUUCGCAUUCAUCUUCUUUCUUGGAUUUUAUGCAAAACAAAUUAUUUCAACGUUUGUUACAUAAUACAUUAAAAAGUUUUGAUAGUAAGAUUUAGCAUUUUUUUGUGUUACAAUAUUGCAGUAUUAAAAAAAAAUUUAUUCAAUGUAAUAAUUUACAAA